AACAAUUAUAUAUAUAUAUAUAUAUAUAUAAAACCCCCCCAACUCUCUUUAAACUCUGGAAAGAAUAAAGGUACCUCCCUUAAUAUCUUCUCUGUUUCUGAGUUUUCUCCCACCUUUCUACUUAUUACAAUAAUAACAUCCAAAACCAAACUCUCUCUGAUAUUUAUUUACCUCCUUCCCUCCCUCCUCUACUUUUUCGUUUUCUUUUUUCUCUUGUUUUUUGAUCUUCUUCUUUUACACAAACAAUAAUAAUAACAACAAUAUUUAUUUAUUUACCAUUACAAUAUUUAUAUAGAUCAUCAUCAUUCAGACAGAUCAAUCUGAAUGAUGAUGAUGAUGAUGAUGAACAUGUGGUGGAAAUGGAAAGCAUGUUCAAAUUCAAUACUCCUCCUCCUCCUUAUGCUUAUUAUGUUGUUGGCGAUGAUUGAUGGUGGUUGUGGUAUGAAGUUGGAGUUGAUACACCGGAACUCUCCCAAUAAUAAUGAAACGAGUACGAGUCUGGUGGAGCGCAUUACAGAGCUAUACGAGCGUGACAUGGUGCGGCAGCAGCACAUGAUUUACCGGAGACUCCGCCACACCCACAGCCACAGCACCAGGCGGAAAGAUCGCGAAACAGCGACGUCGAUAGCAAUGCGGAUACGUUCGGCUGCGGAUUAUGGGAGGGGGGAGUACUUCGUGCGAGUGAAGGUAGGGACGCCUGGCCAGAAUUUCCGAUUGUUUGUGGACACAGGGAGCGAUUUGACAUGGACCAAAUGUCGUUACCAUUGCAAAACCACCAAUUGCAAAUCACUACCUGUACGACUAGUACAAGGAGAAGGAAGGCUAAUCAACAACAAGAGGGUCUUUCGUGCUGAUUUUUCUUCUACAUUCAAUACCAUUCCAUGUUCUUCGCCCAUGUGUAAAAUUGGCCUUUCCCAUUUCUUUUCCCUCGCUACCUGUCGCAACCCCACGGACCCCUGUUUCUAUGACUACGGGUACAUGGAAGGAUCUAGAAUAAUUGGCUUCUUUGCCAAUGAGACUGUAUCUGUAAACCUUACAAAUGGUAGGAAAGAGAAACUACAGAAUGUGCUGGUUGGUUGCACUGAAUACAUGGAAGGAGACUUCAGAGCGGCUGAUGGUGUAUUGGGACUGGGAUUUAGCAAAUACUCAUUUACAGCACAUCUUGUUGAAGAAUUUGGUGCCAAGUUCUCAUACUGCUUAGUAGAUCACCUAAGUCCCAGGAACGUUUCCAGUUAUCUCUUAUUUGGCCACGUCAUAGUCGGAACCAAGUUGCUGAGCAACAAGCAAUAUACCAAACUCGUUUUGGCCAACGAAUUGGGUUCCUUAUACGGUGUAAGUGUAUCGGACAUCUCCAUUGGGGGAGUAUUGCUAAAAAUACCAUCUCAAGUAUGGGAUGUAAAUCUCGGUGGUGGUACGGUUCUUGAUUCGGGCACAAGCUUGACAUAUUUAUCAGCGCAAGCUUACGAUUUAGUCAUGGCUGCAUUGUUAAAGUCUGUAUCAAAAUUGCAAAGGUUGUCCGUAGAUGGAGUACCGUUUGAGUAUUGCUUCAAUUCCACAGGGUUUGAUGAGUCUUUGGUGCCAAGACUGAGAGUUCAUUUUACAGAUGGAGCUAGAUUCGAGCCACCAGUGAAGAGCUACAUUAUUGAUGUUGCAAUGGAAACCAAGUGUCUUGGAUUUGUUUCAUCAGAAUGGCCUGCUCCGUCUGUCAUUGGUAAUAUCAUGCAACAAAAUCAUUUGUGGGAAUUUGACUUGGAGCAAAGUACAUUAGGUUUUGCCCCUUCCACAUGUACCUAGUUUUGUGUGUAUGUAUAUAUAUACACGCUUGUAUUGAAUAUUAAAUUUUUGUAAUCCUUUUCUUUUUCAUCUUCAGCUUCUUUCUUUCUUUUUCAUAUGUAAAAUAUAAUUGUGUAUCUUAUAAAUUCAUUUGUAAUUCCUCUCGUACCUAUCAUGUUGUAUUCAACCAAGUCCUCAUCUUGAGUCUCUGGAGUCAAACAGUCCAAUUGUCCUUGACAGAGCCUUCUUCUUCUUUUUUACUU